GAAAGCGUCCUUCCCAUCCAACACGAGCGGGGCACAAAGCGCAAACACAUUGAAGCGGAGGGCGUCGAUGGGUCAACAAAAGAACCACAAGGAAGUCUCCGCGAGCCUCGAACGGUCGAUGGGGCUGGGUCUAGAGAAGCAUCAGUAA